AUGGCACUUCGUCCUUCCUCUGCUCCACAGCGCGUCCCUCUGCCGUCUCCUCCUGCGUCCUCUCUACACCCUGAGUCUGACCGUGUUCUUGCUGCCAGCCCUACUGUCACCCGUCUCCUGGCUACUGUUGUCACUAACCUAUCGUUUGAGUCUACUGCUGCAUCUGCCUUAGUUGCUGAGCUUGUGGACUUUGCUGCUGUGUGUCGUCUAGACUACGCCGCCAGUCUUGUUGCUGAGUCUGAGUCUGUCUGUCCUCUGUCCGUCGGGGGUGAGAGUGCUCUUGGCACGGACGUCCUUGAGGACAAGCAGGAGGACUUUGAGUGUCUUGCGGCUGCUGUACCUCAUCUCGUGGCUUGUCUGCUUGCACUUGAGGGAGACCCGGAUGCACUGGACAUCCCGACCCUGCGCUCUUACGCAGAGGCGAUUACGGGUCCCUACUCCUCUCAGUGGUAG